AUGUCUACCCAUCAACGACCUAGAUCGAACGACAACGGUGCCGGACCGAAUGCGCAAGACGAUGAAAGGUCACCGCUGCUGCCAUCUCACGCCGGACGAAGGAAGUCUACUUCAGCACCAUCCCCAUCGUUCUUCGGCUUCUUCAAGAGCCACGCGCUCUCGCCACUCCCCGCCUUGGACUCUGCCGACUCUCUACCACUAGCAUACCUACCACCCUUGCUCCUGCAAUGCUUGAUCACCGGACUGGCAGAUGCCAGCACCUACACGCUCACCAAGAUCUGGGUUGGCUUUCAGACAGGCAAUCUCGUGCAGAUCAUCAUCAAUACCUUCGACUUCUUGCUGCCAUCGGACUCCAACACGGACGGUAGCGCCGAUGCUGUGCGCGACAAGCUCCAGGAGAGCGUGAGCAGCUUGCUGGGCUUUGCAAUCGGCUGCCAGAUCACCGGCAACAUCAUCCAUCGUCUCUCCACGGAUCGCACGAGGCGCCUGACGAUCGUGUGUAUGUCGGUCUACCGAUGUGUUACGACGUUGCUGAUCAUCUUGCUCGGCACACGAUAUCCUGCUGUCCGCCUCAGCGGGGCUCUGGACUGGGUGGUCAUCAUGGUGCUAGCAUCUAAUCUGGGCUGCCAAGCUACCUACUCGACCAGUCUCGGGACCCCCUUUUCGAACACGGUGGUGUUCACGCAGACGUUGACAUCGGUGACUUCGGACCUGCAUCUGCCCACGCUGCAUCUGACCGGCUCGAAUCAGUACAAACUGCUGAGCAUGUUUGGACUUCUUGGUGGCGCGGCCGUAUCGCAGGUCAUCCUCAAAGUAGCUACCAAGCUCACCAAGAGCGACAGGCACAUCGCAGUGCAGCGUUCUUUGAUCGUGCUGUCCGGGAUGGAGUUGCUCCUCGGUCUCAUGUGGCUGCUCUGUGGAAUCACGUCCAACUGGAAGCGAUAUCAGCGUCGCUCGUCAGAGGUGCUGCCCGAUGAAGACGAUGGGGAAGAGCACGACUGA